AUGGACUUAUCAAAAUACAAGCAUUUGAGAUUCUUUGGGCUGAAAUUGAAUUCUCUGGCUUGUAAAUGUGUGGCCUUGAUCGUCAUUGCUUUGAUUCUUAGAGCAGUUUUUCUGCUCAGAUUUUCUAGCUUUCGUGGGAUUGAACCGAACAAAUUAUUUACUUUCAACAAACCAUUAAUCUAUUCCGAAUUUCAUAGUCGAAACUCAAAGUUUUUAGAGGUUCCGCAGAUUGUAUGGGGAUUGAACAAUCAGAAAAUUGCCUUGGCACGAGCUUGUUUAACUGCAAGACUGUUGAAUCGAACUCUUCUGAUGCCUAGCUUGAGCGCUUCACUGUUUUACAAAGAUGUUGAUAAGUUGGAACCAAUUUCAUUUGAUAAGGUCUUCCAGUUUGAAACCUUCAAUUCUCUAUGCAAGGGGUUUGUCCAAUUGGGUAGAUAUUGGGAGAUUUCAAAUCGAAGCAAUGUAUUUGAGCUUCAAAAGGGAAGUGGGAGGAGGUGGACGAUCAAGAAAGAUUUAGAUCAGUUGAGACAGUUUAGCGCGCAUCCCUAUGAUGAUUACGAGGUUGUCCGAAUAACAGGAAAGAACCCAUUUCUAUGGCAUGAUCAUUGGCCUGUAAAGGACUAUUCAAAUGUGUUUGAAUGCUUAGUUUUGGUGGAAGAUAUCUCUAGGCAAGCUGAUAAGGUUAUUUCUAAGAUUAGACAGAUUGGAUUGCAAGAAAACCAUAAUAUUGCUACUGGUUAUGUAGCAGUUCACAUGAGAAUUGAGAAGGACUGGAUGAUUCACUGCAAGAAGAUGGAGCAGAGGUCGAACAUUAGUGAAAUUUGUAGCAGUAAGGACGAGAUUAUGGAACGAGUGAGAAACAUAAUUGGCCUGAAAAAGCCGAUUACGGUUUACAUCGCUGCGGCUGAUAGUCUUCUCGAAGAUAACAAGAUACUGUCUGGCUGGAAGGAGGGGUUACUUCCUUUCGAGAAGAAAAAAUUGGGUGUUGUUGAAUUAUACGAGAAGCAGCCAUAUCUCAUUCAAUCAGCCAUUGAUUAUGAAGUUUGCUUCAGAUCAAAUGUGUUUGUAGGGAACACCUUUUCGACAUUCUCAAGCCUUGUAGUUCUUGAUAGAACUCAGAAAAUGAUCAACAUGGGUGUUGGAAAACACUGUGGCAUUGAUGUGAUGUGGCCUUCUUAUGCUUACAAUUUACUAGGAAAAUCUAAAGGCCCUCGUCCCUGGGCGACAAAUAUGUCCGACUCAAGCCUGAUUGCAAUUAGUUAUGGUACUAGUCACAUCUCUUGCCAAUAG